AUGCCUCCAAGUAGGGCAAAUGCACUAGCCGAACUCCGUGCUGCCAGAAAGGCUGGCAAGACAAACUUCUCGUCCUACGAGGUCCAGGACGAGGAGCAACUUUACGAAACCGUCGACGAGGACAGCUACAAGAAGAUUGUCAGAAAGAGACUCGAUCAAGAUGACUUUGUUGUCGACGACAAUGGCGAAGGAUAUGCAGAUGACGGCCGUGAAGACUGGCAGAACGAACAACGACAAGAUUAUGAUGACGAGAGCGACGAUGACCUACCCACGAGGAGCAAGGCUGGUGACUACUUACCGUACUCCUCACGCACACUGCAGCAUACUGACACUUNNGCAGCAAAACGCAAGCGCGAGGAAGACGCACAACAGAAGGACAAGAUCAACAAGGGCAUCAGCAAGUACUUCAACGCAAACCCGACCGUUGCUGCACCAAAGUCCAAGCAGCCUUCGACCGCCGAAGAUGCCGCUUUCAUGGCCGACCUUCUCGGUGAGGUCAAUGCCAACAUUCCCUCAUACAAGCCCAGAUCGACCAUGAACCCCGUCAAGUCCGACACCCGCCGCAAGACUAGAGUCCUGUCACCGCCCGUCCAACAGAUGAACCAUGCCCCCACAUACGAACCACGCACACGCAAACCCGACUCUCCGAUAGCACCUGUCGACGAUGACACGUAUUUCCCCAUGGACGAAGGCCUUUUCCCGCCGCCCGAGGACAACGACGUGCCAAUGAGCGAUCCUCUACCCUCGUCCCCCGUUGCAAAGGCCGCACAAAGAAAAGAGUCGAAUGUGAAGAUCGAGGAAGACGACGACGAAGAUAUGCUCGAAGUUGCUCAAGUCACAAAUCAGUCUUCUCGAAGCACGGCUGCCAUCAACAUGCGCGGAAACAGACCGAUCCCAAAGAUUACAAAGACCGACUACCCAACACCCGCAAGCUCCUCUCCUUCACGGCAGGUUCCUGAAGCUAUCGACACGGCGGCAUUGACAAACGUCACCGAUAAAUUGAAUGUCUUGAGCAGCUCUGGUGCAGAGACUGUCACUUUCGGCAAAUUGGAUCCUCAGCAUGCUCAAGAAGAGGAUGGUAGUGUACGCUUCUUCUGGUUCGACUACACUGAGAUCAAUGGAGGUCUCUGUCUUUUCGGCAAGGUCAAGGACAAGUCUACUGGUCGCUUCGUCAGUGCCUUUGUCAAGGUCGACAAUAUCAUGCGCAAACUCUUCUUCCUCCCUCGCGAAUAUCGCAGGAAGCAAGGUCGUGAGACAGAUGAAGAGGUCGAGAUGGGUGAUGUUUAUCAAGAGGUGGAUGGUCUCAUGUCCAAGUUCAACGUCAACAUGCACAAGAUCAAGCCAUGUUCGAGGAAAUACGCAUUCGAGCUGCCAGACAUACCGAAAGAGGCCGACUAUCUAAAGCUGCUGUAUCCCUACGACAAGAACCCUUUGCCCAUGGACAUUCAAGGAGAGACUUUCUCUCACGUCUUUGGUACCAACACUGCGCUGUUCGAACAAUUCGUCCUCUGGAAGAAUAUCAUGGGACCUUGCUGGCUCAAGAUUGAAGCAAACAGUAUCAACUUUAACGCCGUCAAAAAUGCUUCUUGGUGCAAGUUGGAGAUGCUUGUCGACAAACCUCAAGGCAUGUCGACUCUUGGAGAUACCGACAACCUGGAUGCUCCACCAUUGACAUUGAUGAGCAUUGCUCUCAGAACGAAAUUGAACGAGAAAGAUAAUAAACAAGAGAUCCUACUGGCCAGUGCACGUAUCUACGACAGCAUGUCCCUGUCAGACACGACCGCUCCAGAGAAACUUCCAUGCAAGACAUUCACAGUCAUGCGCCCCAACGGUCCGGAUUACCCUGUAGGAUUCAAGACUGACGCAGAGAAGUACCGGGGUAACAUCCAAUGCGAGAGAAGUGAGGGUGCACUUCUCAGCAAGUUCUUGGCCUUGCUAGAUCGCAACGAUCCAGAUGUCUUGAUUGGCCACAGACUUGAUGAUGUCGACUACACGCUCUUGCUCAACAGAAUGAGAGAGUGUAAAACACCUGGAUGGCACCGCAUCGGAAGGCUGAAGCGUCAUGAGUGGCCCAAGAAUAUUGGCAAAGGUGGUGGCAGCUUCUUUGUCGAGAGACAGCUCGCUGCUGGUAGAUUGCUCUGUGAUUUGGGCAACGACAUGGGCAAGUCUCUGAUGACAAAGUGUCAGUCUUGGAGUCUGGAUGAGAUGUGCGAUCUUGUUCUUGGCGGUGAGAACAAGCGUCGUGAUAUUGACAAUGAUGUAUUGCUCAAGAUGGCUACCAACAGAGCCGGUCUGAUGCAGUACAUCAAGCUCACCGAAGCAGACACAUUCUUCAUUGCUGCCAUCGCCUUGAAGGUCCAGAUGCUCCCCCUCACCAAGGUUCUCACGAAUUUGGCUGGAAACUCAUGGGCCAGAACACUGAGCGGUACUCGCGCUGAGCGUAACGAGUACAUUCUGCUCCACGAGUUUCAUAAAAACAAGUACAUUUGCCCUGACAAGAUUUGGGGCAAGGGUAAGGCCAAGUCUGAUGAGGACAACCCUGAAGGAGAUGAGGGAGCAGAUGCAAAGAAGAAGGACAAGUUCAAGGGUGGUCUGGUUUUUGAGCCCGAAAAGGGUUUGUACGACAAGUUUAUCCUGGUCAUGGACUUCAACUCGUUGUACCCCAGUAUCAUUCAGGAGUAUAAUAUUUGCUUCACUACGGUUGAAAGAUCAGAAGNNUCAACACUCGUCCACCGCCGUCGUGAAGUCAAGAAGCUCAUGAAAGACAAGACCGCUACGUCUGACCAACUCGCGACUUGGGAAAUCAAGCAGAUGGCUCUGAAGUUGACUGCCAACUCCAUGUACGGAUGUUUGGGUUACACCAAGUCACGCUUCUACGCUCGUCCUCUUGCCAUGCUCACUACCUACAAGGGUCGUGAAAUUCUGCAAUCGACCAAAGAUCUGGCAGAGUCUGCUCACGGUCUGAGGGUCAUCUAUGGUGAUACCGAUUCCGUCAUGGUCAACACCAACGUGGACAACAUCAUGGAUGCCAUGAAGAUUGGAAACGACUUCAAGAAGAGCGUCAACGAACGAUACGAACUUCUCGAGAUUGACAUUGACAACAUCUUCCGCCGCUUGCUCCUACACGCAAAGAAGAAGUAUGCUGCUGUCAACAUGAUCGAAAAGGAUGGCAAGUGGAUCGAUAAACUCGAAGUCAAGGGUCUCGAUAUGCGCAGAAGAGAGUACUGCGCAUUGAGCAAGGAUACCUCGACCGAGCUCUUGAACUUCCUCUUGUCUGGUGAAGAUCCUGAAACAGUCGUCUCGCAGAUCCACGAUCAUCUUAGGGAAGUCGCUUCGCAGAUGCGUGCCAACACUAUUCCGCUUCGCAAGUACACCAUCUACACCCAAUUGGGAAAGCACCCCAAGGAAUAUCCCAAUGGAAACAGCAUGCCUUCUGUGCAAGUCGCGUUGAAGUUGAUGGCCAAGGGCAAGAACGUCAAGGCCAAGGAUGUCAUGUCCUACAUCAUCUGCAACGACUCCUCUGGCAGCGCGGAGAAGGCAGCAAAGAAUGCUUUCCCAGUCGAUGAAGUUCUUCGUGCGGAGAACGAACUCAUACCUGACAUUGAUUACUACCUGCACAAGCAAAUCCUGCCGCCGGUCGAACGUCUUUGCGCUCCUAUCGAAGGCACCAAUGUUACUUUGCUUGCCGAGUGCUUAGGCCUCGAUACGAGCAAAUACCGUGUCAGCAGUGCCAGCGGCGGCAACUCUUACAACGCCGAGACCGAAAUCCACCCUCUGGAAUCGCAGGUUCCCGAUGAGAUUCGCUUCAAAGACUGUGCACCUCUAGGGCUCAUGUGUCUUGCCUGCCGCACCCCAUUCCAGUUCCGUGGUCUCGGUGUCGCCGCGUCUCCAGAUGCUGAAACCAGACUUGCAGUCGUGGAUACCGAUGGCUUGCACUGUCCCGCCGACUCUUGCGGUACUCUAAUGUCGCAAAUGGCAAUGUCCGCACAACUGGAAUCGCAGAUUCGCGCACAUUGCGCGCAAUACUAUGCAGCCACACUUGUCUGCGACGAAGCCACUUGCGGGCAGCGCACACGUCAAAUGAGUGUCUACGGUACACGAUGCCUAGGCCCCCGUGGUCUUGCUUUUGGCUGCACGGGCCGCAUGCAAUUCGAAUAUACAGAAAAGCAGUUGUAUAACCAGUUGCUGUUUUUGCAGCGAUGCUUUGACGUGGAAAAGACGUUGCAGGAAAUGGCAAAGAGGAAGAAUGAAGAAGCUGAGAGGGUGGGUGUGCUGGCGGAGAUGUUGAGAGGCAGGUUUGGGGUGUUGAGGGGUGUGGUGGAGGGGUAUCUUGAUAGGAGUGGGUGGGGGUGGGUCAGUAUGGAUGGGUUGUUUGGGUUUGCGCUCAAGGCUUUGUCGUAG